CAGGUGAACAAGGAGAUGUCCGUCCUGCUCUAUGUGAUAUUCCUCGCGUAUCUCCGUGGCACCCAAGGCGAAAGUUCGGCUCGGAGGGAUGCACCCCAAGACUCGCUCAGCUCGCUGAUCAUCAAGCUCCUCCAGGCCGAUCUCCUGAAGAACAAGCUGUCCAAGCAGAUGGUGGACGUGACCCAGAGCUACCAGAGCGUCCUGCCCGACGGGGACACCCCGGGAGGCCCCGACACCCCCCGAUCCGAGUUCCAGCCGGUGAUGUCCACCGACACGGAGCUGCUGGGACAGCACAGACGCUUCGGCUCCCCCCGCGUCCUGUUGAGCGACAGCACCCCCCUGGAACCCCCGCCCCUGUACCUCAUGGAAGACUUCGUGGGGAACCCCACAGCGACCAACCGCACCUCGAGGCGUCGGAGGUACGCGGAGCACCGCAGCCACCGCGGGGAGUACUCGGUGUGUGACAGCGAAAGCCUGUGGGUCACCGACAAGUCCUCGGCCAUCGAUAUCCGGGGACACCAGGUGACCGUGUUGGGGGAGAUCAAGACGGGGAACUCCCCCGUCAAACAAUACUUUUACGAAACCCGAUGCAAGGAAGCCCGGCCCGUGAAGACGGGCUGCAGGGGUAUCGACGACAAACACUGGAACUCGCAGUGCAAAACCUCCCAGACCUACGUGCGGGCGCUCACGUCCGAGAACAACAAACUCGUGGGCUGGCGCUGGAUACGGAUAGACACUUCGUGCGUGUGUGCCUUGUCCAGGAAGAUCGGGCGGUCGUGA